AUGGCUUCGACGUUCCCCAAACGACGAGAUAUACUUGAUAAUGGCGACUUUGGACUUGAACUGACAGACGAAUCCAGGCGCCACCUCGGAUUCCGUCAGGUGGCGAAUGGUAACCGCAACGUCCUUCGUGGGGCGCAUAACUUAAGACGCGAGACCCCGCACAUCGCCGCCAAAUGGCGCGCCGAUUUUGAGCAGCUUGCUGUUCAAGGCCUAUGCGGAGAUGCCUUCUGGGACCUCUUCAUCCAAUGCAUGGACUGCAAUGUCAUCAUGCCUCGCUUCCUUUUCCCGUACAAGCAUUCGUGCUCCAACCGAGCAAUUCGCCAGCGCCACCACAUCUGGGAUCCCUCCUCCCCCUCCUUCAUGAACCGGUUACGCUACCAAUCCGACGAUGAUGAUACCGCGUCCGACGAAUCUGGUCCCAGUACAGCCCCGUGUUCGCCAGUCCCGCUUCGUGGUUCCGGGCUACAGCUCCGAUCCAAGAGUUCCAUAUACCAGACGCCACCUCCACGUCCCGUUCCUCAGUCACCUAUUGCAAAACGGAAGCUCCAUGAGGUGGAGGAUGGCAAUGAGGGGGAUGACGAAGACUACCUUCGUGCCUGUGCUCGACGCAGGCUCCCAUCUUCAUUCGACGACAGCCAGGAAGAUGUUUUCACAUACCGGGAAUCCAGUAGCGAUUUGCCGGAGCUAGCGGAUAUCAUAGACUUCUAA